AUAGGCUGUGUCGGUGCGUUUACGGCCAGUCUGUACUUAGCAUCCUGCAUUGUUGCUGCUUUAGCUCCUGGUCCACUGAUCGAGUGCUCCCUGCCCCACAGCCUGCAUCUGAUCGUCAUACAGAGGUUUCCCCCCCUGCUGCAUGCGUAACAUCUCUCCAAGUCCAGCCGUGGUGCUCACCAAGACCGCUUGGAUCUCAUCUUCCUACACGGAAUACGCACGACACGCGCUGAGCGAUCCGCUGAGGCGAAAUUAAAACGCCAGGAUCCACCUCAUCGGGUUCUGUCCAGACCGAAACCAGGCUGGGAUUUCCUCUUAUCAUUUCAUAUUUGACAGAUCGUCUUUGUGUGUGUGCGUGUGUACGUGUGUGUGUGUGUGUUGGGUGGAGUCAACCCGGAAUUCUCCAAAUUGGAAAACCAUUGGCACAUUUCAGGAGCACCAUGAAAGACGGAAUCGCCAACAACAGCACGGCCAGCAUCUCCCAAGCCAGGAAAUCUGUGGAGCAGCUGAAGAUGGAGGCCUGCAUGGAUAGGAUAAAGGUCUCCAAAGCGGCUGCAGACCUGAUGGCGUACUGCGACGCCCACAUACGCGAGGACCCCCUCAUCAUACCCGUCCCCGCCUCCGAGAACCCUUUCCGGGAGAAGAAGUUCUUCUGCAACAUCCUCUGAUGAGCUGCCGGGGGAGCUGCGCGGGUGCAGGCACGGCGCUGCCUGUCUUCUCUGUCUUCACCACACCUGAAGCUACUGGCCAUAGGCGUUGAGUUGAGUUUUGCCAGGUGGACACUCUGUUGUUGGUCAGCUCUGUCCUGGUGGCUGAAGGUUUUGGGGGAGUCAGCUACCGAACUGGCAACCCAGUGAGCGUAUCAUGUCUUGUUAAAUAGGUUUGUUAUUGCUUUGUUAUUAGAGAACAGCCUUGCUUAUUGAGAUGAGAGAUGUUAUUUUAUUUUUUAUUUUAUUGUGCUAGAUUUUAAGAUGCCUCAGGAAACAUAAAUUUGCCCAGUGUCUACGACUUUUUCUUAAAUGUCCCUUCCCUUUAUCUGAAUGAAAAAAAUAUCUUUGUAUUAUCUUUGACAUAAUUUAAGACAUUACUUUCAGUGCACAGGUUGUCUAUUUGAAGCAAUGCUUACUGAAAGUACGACUAAAAUGUAACACUCCACUCACUAGGGGUUUCUCUUUUAAUUUGCUUCCAGUCACAAACAAUGAACCCGCUCUUAUUAGCGCUGCAGUACAGUCAGAUUCAGAUUAAAGCCCAGAAACAGAAACCUUAUAUUGCAUAGUAAAUUAUUUCAGUUUGUGCUAAUAACACUGGUAGUAAAAAUAAGAUGGCUGCACAUCAGUUCUGUUGCUAAUAAAUAAAUAAAUAAAUAGACUCCCUAUUUAUUCAAAGUUGCAGAGCUAUUAUUAGGACAGCGAGUUCUUCAGGGUUAUCACCGUGCGAACAACCCUUAAGGUCAGACAUUAUUUAUGAAUCUGCCCCCUCCUUCCCAGGCCCGCUCUAAUGCAUUCUACCUUUGCUGCUCUGUUUGAUUUACUCAUCAUACACGUCAUUCACUUCAAAUCAGAGACACUAUGUGUUAAACCUUCAGCCCCCCAAUUGGGAUAUUUUUUACAAGUCGCAGGACAUCUUUUCCUUUUAUAUCUUCAUUUGUUUUCUGGGCAUGUUUCCUGGGCCUGAUUCUUUUUGCCUGUUCUAGAGUGAAUGGCAAGGCCUUUGACAUUAAUGCCAAAACCAGAGGCCUGCAUGUUUCUCUGCUCCUUUUUGACAGCCUCCUCUGUUUCCGAGGAACUGUCCGUCUUUUAGAGUGUACAGUACGUUACAGUGCCAAUUUCUGUGCGAGCAGUGUGAUCUUCACACUACGUGCUCCCGCAGCCUUCUUUCCGUUUGGUUUGUUUUUGGAAGAAAAAGCACACUGUUGAAACCUUUCCUUUACAUGGUAGUCGAAUAGCAUUUGCUAAUUUUUACGAUUAAUUGUUAUGAUCGUUAUUAAUAUUGUUAUUAUUAUCGGUAGUAUUAUUGAAUAUUUGUUGCACAGCACUGACAGCUACAUGACGUGUAGUGCUACUAAGCUUGUAUGAUACUUAGGAGAAGAAAAAAAAACAUUUAUAAGUCAUGCAAUUAUUGAUACUAUCCGAGUAUUUUUUAAAAAUAAUGGUAAGGGUCGGUUUACAUAUUAUGAUCCCUUCGGUGGUUCAGGCUUUUUGCAUCAUUGUUUCUGUAAAGUUAAAAGAAAUGUCCUCUUGGUACUUGAACAGCCAUUGCAUUAGGAUUCAAAGUGACUGUCACAAACUAUUGGACUUGAAAUUGUUUUCAGGAUAAAUAUUGUUUUUAUUUCCUAAAUUUAAAAACCUGAGAGUGACAUCAGGGCGCUCCCACUGACCUCUUCUCAAGGAUGGUGCCAAAUCUGAAAUAUAACGUCUAGAGAUGAAUAUUGCAUGGAUUUAUUUCUAUCUAUAACGGAGAGAACUAUUAUGAUAUGAAAUAUUGCCUCUUCGUUGACAUUCUGGGCGCUACUCUGCACAUAAUAAUGUCAUUUGAGUCCGGAUAUGUUGACGAUGUGCAGCUGUACUCAUGAAUGGUUUUAUCGUUCUGGUAAAAAAAAAAAAAUAGCAUUUAAAUAACAGGCUUUGUAAAUCCUUUGAUGGAUCAAAUGAAUUAAAGGAAAACGGCAACCCCAAUGUGCUGUGUCUGCAAUA